AUGAACUCUCCUCAGGGUAAGACCUUCAACGCCAUUUCAUGUACUCUCCGAGCAAACGGGAAGCUUCAAUACCUCGCUUCGGGUUAUAUCUGGUUCAAUUACGAUGAUUCAACAAACAGACACUACAAACGGGCAGCGCAGAUAGAAUCCAUCUUGACGGACAAAAAUGAUCAAUCUAGUUUUGCAGAUUUUGCUGGACCAGUCGCUGCGGACACAACAACCAAUUACAACAGGAAGUUGCCAGACCCUAACGAUGAAGGAUUCGGCGAAAAGUACUACGGCAAUCCUGUCGUUGCGGUUACAGGACUUCAAAAGGAAAAGCUGACGGCCCAAGCAGGCGAUGGCUGCCCUGGAGAACUGGAUGAAACUGAGAGGAAGAGGAAAUGGAUGGUAAUACAAGAGACAAAAGACAGCGAUGAUGGCGAGUCAUCAAGGAAUUCCAAGCUAGUGGUUCGUGAGGUACUUUCCAUUUUCUCUGUUUUGAGCUGUCCAUUUGAUUACAGCUCGUCUUACGUCGUAUACAUCGCCGAAGAAGAAAGGUGUACAUUCACUGGGCCAGGUACCGCUCAGCGCGCUGGACUUCUUGGAAACGAGCUUCGAUGGAUAAAAUAUCCGGUCAUCAACUCGAACCCAAACCCCAACUCAAGUCUCAAACGCAAAUGCGCCAAAUUCAAACCUCCUUUCACCACUUCGAAUGCUCAUAUUCCGCGUGGUCCUUUAUCUCCUUCGAAAUUACUACCACCCAAGUCGAGUUUGGCGUUCAAUAUCAACCUGCCUGCGAAAACCCCGUCUAAUCCUCGAACCGUUCACCAUGCACAUACACCUUCCACCACUUAUUGUCCCCCUAGAAAAGACGAACAGAUGCUCAGUUUGAACGAUUCACCACUAGCGAAUCUGUUCCGGAUGGUCGGCUGCCACCAGAUAGCAAGUCUUGCGGGGACAUAG